AUGGAUACCGACAGAACCCAGGGCCAGCAACAAUCGUCCACGACUGACAGCUUCCCUCAAGACACUCCACCAAGGUCUGACAUCGACGAGAUUCUGCGGCGGAAGCGCAAAGCGAGGGAGUACAAGGCCUGCUAUCCCUGUCGACAGCGCAAAGUAAAAUGCGAUCAAUCAGUGCCAUGCAAGACAUGCGUCGUCCGAGAACAUCCAGAGCUCUGUUCCUACCACCCUCCGACUGAAACGCACCCGCCGGCCAAACGAAUGAGCCUCCACGGCGUGGGACACAACGGGAACGACUUCUCAAAUGGCAUGGUUCAUAUCCAUGGGGGGACUGUUACGCUCCCACGGGAGGACUGGGAACGCAUUUGCGCUAAACUGCAGACCGCAGAAAAGUCGCUGGCAGAGCUGAAGAACUCCAUUAGCAGUGUGUCGGAGGUUGCGCCAAAUAAUGCACCCUCGAAUGGGUAUUCGCCCGGAACUACUGGGAAUACCCCUCUGGCAGCGCCUGCCCCGAUUGACAACGAGACGACUCACCUCCGAACACAGGGAAUACAUACAAGAAACGACCUUACAGGCCAAACCAUUCAUAUCGGACCGAGCUCUGUUCCAGCUCUCGUUAUGGCCUUGGGACGCGGCGAGACCCAGUGGCCAGGUGUGCAAGACCUGCUGGGCAGAAAAAGCAUGCUUCCAAUUUUUGGGCUAGAUAAUGAGAGUGCGACCUACCCGUUCGUUGACCUUUGGGGGCUUCCACAUGGAUCCAUUUCCCGUGCCAAUGAGCUAUCAAACGCCUUACCCAGUGACUCGGAAUGUCUGAAUUUUUUUCGCUGCUACCGAGAAACUGCGCACGUCGUGUAUCCUGCCGUUGGGGACAUCGAAGGCUUCGAAUCUGAUCUAUUGUUAUUUCUCAUCAAUCGAGCAAGCUUCCAGGGCAGUAGUGGAGUCACCGAGGAGCAAAUUUUUGGCAAAAAUUUCCAUUGGAUUGGCCUACUAUUCGCAAUUCUUGCGUCCGGAUGCCAGUGCUCCACAUUAGCCAGGAAAGAACGCGAGUUGACCUCACAGGUCUACGUCUGUUGCAGUUUCGAAUGCCUCCGAUUUACCAAUUUCCUGUCCCAUGCGACUUUGGAGAGCAUCCAAAUACUUCUUAUUCUUGGAAACGUUAUUUCCAAUAAUAUGAAUGCUGGAGUAGCCUGGAGUCUGAUGGGAUUAACAGUCCGUCUUUCUCAGACCCUAGGCCUCCAUAGAGUAUGUCCUCCAUCCACACCUUUACAAUUGAAACUAUCACGUUCAAAGGUGUGGUGGGCCCUAUUAUGGCAAGAUUCGUUGUUGUCUAUAUCGUACGACAGAGCUUCGUCUACCACGACAAUAGACCACACGGUUCCCCUGAGUCAGCAUACCACGCCAGGCACGAGAUCCUAUGUUGAAAGCAUGUACCGACUCUGCAAAGUUGGGCUUGACAUUGUUCGCGAGCGCCAGCGACCGCAAAAUUCCCACGAUGCCCUGAUGCGAAUUACCGAACAUCGAAACGAGCUGCAAGAAAUCAUGGUCGACGCAGCGGACUAUCUAAAGGACUCCAGGCGGUGUCGAUCUAUGCGGGACCAGCUUGAACACUGGGCUCUCUAUCUACAUAUUUCGUAUAUCACUUCUGAGCUCUGUCGACCUGCCAUCAGCCCCAGCACUGCCAGUUUUGAUUUGUCGAAGACCCUCAGGAAAACCUGUGUAGACAGUCUAACGAAUACUGUUGAGGCCUUUCUCGGACUGCAAAAUAUGACCCCCUUCGCUACUCGAUCAUGGGCUUCGGUGCACCGGUCACUAAGCUCCGCUCUCUUGCUUGGCAUCCUCGGAGAGCCCUCAAGAAACGAACGAGCGCGCUCCCUCCUGACAAAUUUGAUCACGGUGCUUUCAGAUAUUACCUCCAAUGUGGAUCCUGCGGAACUUUCCGCACCAAUCACCCGUUCUGUUGCCGCUCUUCAACGAUUGCUUAGCCUUCAGGAUUCAAGAUCAAAUACUCGUAAGACAAGUGACUCGAGCUCACAGGCGUCCCCGACGCUAGGGAUUUUCACUGCAGACGAUCUCAAUGGGGCUUUCAAUUUUGAUGACCCAUCAAUCUCGCAAUCACCACUUCUUGGCUUAGACUUGGAGAACUCUCCUUAUGCCUUGAUGGAGUCAAUUGUUUGGGGUUCGAGAAAGACCCCCUGA